UUAGGCUCAAUAGGAAUGCGCACCUUCAGUGACCUGCCAACAGUAUCCAGGAAAAACUGCAGAGACAAUCUAAUGGAUGAAGAUGAGAAAGACAGGGCAAAGAGAGCUUCUCGAAACAAGUCUGAGAAGAAGCGUCGGGACCAGUUCAAUGUUCUCAUCAAAGAGCUCAGCUCCAUGCUGCCUGGCAACACGCGGAAGAUGGACAAGACCACCGUGCUGGAGAAGGUCAUCGGAUUCCUGCAGAAGCACAAUGAAGUCUCAGCGCAAACGGAAAUCUGUGACAUUCAGCAGGACUGGAAGCCUUCAUUCCUCAGUAACGAAGAAUUCACCCAGCUGAUGUUGGAGGCAUUAGACGGCUUCAUCAUCGCUGUGACGACGGACGGCAGCAUCCUCUACGUUUCCGACAGCAUCACGCCUCUCCUUGGGCAUUUACCGUCGGAUGUCACGGAUCAGAAUUUGUUACGUUUCCUUCCAGAACAAGAACACUCAGAAGUCUACAAAAUGCUUUCUUCCCAUAUGCUUGUGGCGGACUCCCCCUCCCCAGAACACUUAAAAUCUGACAACGAUUUAGAGUUUUAUUGCCAUCUUCUCAGAGGCAGCUUGAACCCAAAGGAAUUUCCAACCUACGAAUACAUAAAAUUUGUAGGAAAUUUUCGCUCUUACAACAAUGCGCCCAGCCCCUCCUGUAACGGCUUUGACAGCACCCUUUCGAGGCCCUGCCGAAUGCCCCUGGGAAAGGAGGUCUGCUUCAUUGCCACCGUUCGCCUGGCAACACCACAGUUCUUAAAGGAAAUGUGCAUCGUUGACAAACCUUUAGAGGAAUUCACUUCAAGACAUAGCUUGGAAUGGAAAUUUUUAUUUCUGGAUCACAGAGCUCCUCCCAUCAUAGGAUACCUGCCUUUUGAAGUUCUGGGGACCUCGGGCUAUGACUACUACCACGUGGACGAUCUGGAGCUCCUGGCCAGAUGCCAUCAGCACCUGAUGCAGUUUGGCAAAGGGAAGUCGUGCUGCUACCGGUUUCUGACGAAAGGCCAGCAGUGGAUUUGGCUGCAGACCCACUACUACAUCACCUACCACCAGUGGAACUCCAAGCCCGAGUUCAUCGUGUGCACGCACUCAGUGGUCAGUUACGCGGAGGUCCGGGUGGAAAGAAGACAAGAGCUGGCCCUGGAGGACCCACUUCUGGAGACCGUCCACCCUUCGGCACUGAAGCACAAGGGCUCCAGCCUGGAAGCGCAGCAGCACUUUAAUGCCCUCGACGUGGGCACCUCGGGCCUUAACACCAGCCACUCACCGUCGGCCUCCUCAAGAAGUUCCCACAAAUCCUCGCGCACGGCUGUGUCCGAACCCGCCUCUACUCCAGGCAAGCUGAGGGCAGAGGCUGGCACCACGGCUUUGCCAAGAUCGGCUCAAGAGCUCCCCGUGCUAGGGCUCAGCCAGGCAGCCACGAUGCCGGCUCCCCUGCCCGCCCCGGCGUCCUGUGACAUCACACAGCAGCUUCUGCCUCAGACCAUCUUGCAAAGCCCACCUGCCCCCGUGACACAGUUUUCAGCCCAGCUCAGCAUGUUCCAGACCAUCAAAGACCAGCUGGAGCAGAGGACGAGGAUCCUGCAGGCCAACAUCCGGUGGCAGCAGGAAGAGCUCCACAAGAUCCAGGAGCAGCUCUGCCUGGUCCAGGCCUCCAACGUGCAGAUGUUUCUGCAGCAGCCAGAUGUAUCCCUGAGCUUUAGCAGUGCCCAGCGGCCCGAGGCUCAGCAGCAGCUCCAGCAGAGGUCGGGCCCAGGCCCCCAGCCCCCGCUCGCAGCCAGCCCUCAGCUUCUGGGGCAGAUGGCCUCUGCCCAGGUCACAAGCCAGCACCUGCUCAGAGACUCGAGUGUGAUAUCAACCCAGGGUCCAAAGCCAUUGAGAAGCCCGCAGAUGAUGCAGGGGAACAGCCUGACACCCCAGUUCAGCGGCACCUCUGCUGUGCUCCCGCCGGCUCUGAGCCUGACCACGCCUGCUUCCACCUCCCAGGAGGCCAGCCAGGGCCAGCCCAGCCCGGACUUCAGCCACGAUCGGCAGCUCAGGCUGCUGCUGAGUCAGCCCAUCCAGCCCAUGAUGCCCGGGCCCUGCGACGCGAGGCGGCCCUCAGAGGUCAGCAGGCCUGGACGGCAAGUCAGGUGCAGGCACCAACCUCUUUGCACAGUGACCCGCAGGACUCGCUCCGCCUCUCCACCUACUCGCAGCAGUCAGGGACCCUGGGCUACCCACCUCCCGCACCCUCGCGCCCUCCCCGAAGGCUCAGCAGCCUGUCUGAGUCCUCAGGCCUCCAGCAGCUACCCCGGUAGUGCCCUGGCGCCUCAGUUGGGUCACAUCAGCUUUAACCAAUGGACGGUCAUUGGGGGGGAUGGCCAGGGCGUUGGGGAGAAGAAUUUAAAGGACACCCCGGCUUUCGUGCGCACCGCAUCCGUUUCAGAGCUCCUGAAUGGCGACCACGUCUGAGCACAGCGGCCGGCCCGUGGAAGUGGGCAGGGACACCGGCCGUGUUUCCCUGUCCCUGCACUUUACGGCCACAGUCUACAGCCAUACCUGGAAGGGACCGCGGUCCCCACGGGAGUGCACCACUUAGUUCACCUUAGUGACGGCUCAUCUCGCUGCAUCCUGCCCCCGCCCCCGGAGCGCGCCGGUCACUCCCACCGCUGCCGCCCGUGCGCACGUGCUCAUUGGCCUGCGCUCUCUUGACUCUCUUUCCUCUGCAUUGGAGAAGCACCGGGUCAGGGAUUUGUUGAAGAGAGAGAAUAAAGAGAUGAUUUUUUUCGUUAUUUUUA